AUGACUGUCUCUGAUAUCUUUAUCUGCUCUGUCUAUGUCGAGGGCGUAGACAAGAUUAACUGCCGUCGAUUUUACUUCGACAAAGGAGUGAACGCUGUGAUUGGACCCAAUGGCUGUGGCAAAUCUAUUCUUCUAGAGGCGAUGAGAUUUUGCUUGAGUGACACGGAGAAAUCGUCUAUUAUAUCUGACAAACUUACUGUAGAAGUGUCAUUUAAGCUGUCAGAGGAUUCUCUCAAAAGCUUCCGAAGAGUUGUUGAUAAGGAAGACUACUUUGUCCAACCAUUCCAAAUUGAUGAAAAAGAAGUUACAAAGGGAGAAUACUACCAGGAGUUGGCUGUUCUCAACAUCUAUUCUGUGGAAAUUCCAUAUAUGAUUCCAAACGCGUCGUGGGGCGAACUGACAACUGUUUCAAAAACAAAACUAGCUCGUUUGAUUGAAAACAUACACCCUGAUGGAGCUGACAGCAGAAACGAGUACAAGCAAAAGAAGAAUGCACUGGAAGAAUUUGAGAGUAAGAAAAAGCCGACGAAUGGAGUCAAAAAACCUAGCAAGAAUUCUCCGCAAUACAAAAAGUUGCUGGAGGACUUCGAAAAAAUUGAAUCCGAACGUCAAGAAUUCUUCAUCGAAUCACUCACCUCUAUUUCCGCUACCCUCAACAAAUAUUAUCAACUGGUCUAUGGGAAUGAUAAUAAGAAGUCGGUAUCGCUGAAACCAAUCGACCCAUUUCAUGCCUAUCUUGGCGUUGAAUUCAAGGUUGACCAUGGGUACGGAGAUUUGGAAUCUAGGGGACUGUCCGGAGGAGAAAGCAAGUUGAUUUCAAUUGCUUUUUAUCUAGCUGCACAAGCAGCCGCAAAGACUCCAUUUGUCAUCCUAGAUGACUUCGACUUGUCACUUUUUGAGAAAACAUGCGAAAAGGUCGCUCCGGCUCUCGAGGAAGUCGCUGCCUCUACUGGUCUCCAAAUGUGUGUCGUGUGCAAGUAUGACAAAAUGAAAGCUGGAAUUGCCAAAAAGACUGAUAUGUCCCCACAAUUCCUUUUUUGUUGA